GCUGAUCUGACCUGGCAACAAAAUAACAUAGCUAGAGAAAUCAGCAGGGGAGGGGGCCGGAGAACAAAACAAUGACACUGCUCUGGAGGACUGAAACACAGGGACACUUUGAGAAUACUUUUAAAACGGAAUAGCGCGGAUUUCUCUCCCGGUUUAAAGCCAAACAGCCCGCUGAUACCCGAGCCUCUGGCAUCGACCGGGUUGUUUUUGUUGUUGUGUUGUUGCAGCUCUCUGGACACACUUGAGGCUAUCUGUUCGUGUGCACUGGCUUGCUGGCCCGCUAAUUACAGCUUUGUUUGUGUGCAAAAAGUUAAAACUAUCCAGUGCAACCAGCUGGUCCUUAGAUGAUUUAAUGACAGAUUGUAUCAGAGUUUUACUGCGGGUCCUUUUACCAGCUAGCCUGUUAGCCUCAACAUUUGCACAUUCAUCCUUCAGGGAGAGCUCAUUGUCUCGGUCGGUACUGUAUACCUGUAAAGCUACAUGCUAAUGUUGUACCUGUGGAGUUUUGUUGGUUAACCUUCCUUGUAACUUAUGCAGUGCUGCAGCUCAAUGCUAACUUUGGUUCAUGAGCUGUUAGUGGUAAAAACACCUCUUGUGUAACUCAAGGAGACAGCUGUCUGCUCUUCAUUGCCUCACUAUCUGUUGCACUAAACAACAUUGUUGAUUGCAUUGUAAGUGUUUGAAAUCCAUGCUUUUAUAAAUAGUGUUAUUUUUGAGAGAUAGUUGUUAGAGUCAGUGUAUCACCAGCCCUGUUACCAUGCAGCUGUUGUAAGUUCAUUUUGUUGUUGUUGUUGUUGUUGUUGUUGUUGUUGUUGUUGUUGUGUGUUGCACAAUUUUCAUUAACGCCUAUUGGAAAUAGCUGGUACUGUUUUAAAGCUGUUACAAUAAGCACUGCUCUGUUUUCAAGUUUACCGCGUAAGAAACGAUGAGUGGGCAUGGCUCGUCUUCAGAAAAGGGAGUUAAUACUAGCCUGAUAUGUCAAGAGAGUUAUGCCUGUGGUGGCUCGGAGGAGGCUGCAUUUGAGUGCGUUGAAUGCAAAAGCUUGCAGUGCGUUCGUUGUGAGCUCGAGCUCCACAGCCAGGAGCGUCUGAAGAACCAUGAGCGGGUUCAGAUAGGACCUGGGCAUGUCCCUUACUGUGACAACUGUAAAGGAGGUAAUGGAGACAAUGGCAAACGCCAUAGAUCUGUGGUCCGCUGCCAGAACUGCAAAGUUAACUUGUGCCAAGACUGCCAGAAACGCACCCACAGCGGAGGCAACAAGAAGAAACACCAGCUCAUAUCUUAUCCUCCACCACCCAAACCUGCUGAGGUCAACCCUGCCCCGAUCUCUGUACCGCCCGCUGUCCAAAUAACCGAUGAGACCAAAUCUCUGAGGGCAAAACUUCUGGAGAAGAUUUUCAGUUUUCUCUUGGUUGAUGAGAAUGAAGAAAUGCAGAUAAAAGAUGAAUCUUCAUUUGUAAAGAGCCUCAGCUGUAACCCUGACCAGCUGCUGAAGGUGGUGUCCAUCUUUGGCAACACAGGAGAGGGCAAAUCUCACACCCUGAACCACGCAUUCUUCAUGGGCAGAGAGGUGUUCAAAACUUCUCCCACACAAGAGUCCUGUACGGUGGGUGUAUGGGCCGCGUUUGACCCCUUCCGUAAAGUAGUAGUAAUUGACACAGAGGGGCUGCUUGGGAACAGCUCCAAACAGGGCCAGAGAACCCGUCUCUUGCUCAAGGUGCUCGCUAUCUCCGACCUCAUCAUCUAUCGCACCCACACUGACCGACUCCACGAUGACCUCUUCAAGUUCCUCGGGGAUGCCUCGGAUGCUUACUUGAAGCAUUUCACAAAGGAACUGAAAGCCACAACAGCCCGCUGUGGCCUGGAUGUCCCUCUGUCCACCUUGGGCCCUGCGGUGGUCAUCUUCCAUGAAACAGUCCACACUAAGCUGCUUGGUUCAGAUAAGUCAUCUGAGUCAGUAGACCGGCUGUUGACGGAGCGCUUCAAGAAGCUCUCCCGUUUCCCAGAGGCCUUCAGCUCUGUACAGUACUGGGGCACGCAGACUCUCAACCCGCCGACUGACUUCCGUGGCCUGCAGAAUAAACUGGAGCAGCUCCUGGAUAACAACGCCACCCGUUCCCCACGCACCCCUGUGGUCAUCUUCAAAGCCCUGCAGGCAUUGAGUGAGCGCUUUAAUGGAGAAAUUACAGGUGAACUUGUAGCACAUAGCUGCUUCUUUCCUGAUGAGUACUUCACCUGCUCCAGCAUGUGCCUCAGCUGUCGAUCUGGCUGCAAGAACAGCAUGAACCACUUAGAGGAAGGAGUGUGCCACGAGGCAAAGCAUCGUUGUCGUUAUUCUAUUCAGUAUGAUAAUCGCAUUUACACCUGCAAGGCUUGCUAUGAAGGGGGGAAGGAAGUGAUAGUUGUCCCUAAGACCUCAGCUUCCUCAGACUCUCCAUGGAUGGGCCUCGCCAAAUACGCCUGGUCUGGGUACGUCAUUGAAUGCCCCAACUGUGGAGUAAUCUAUCGGAGCCGUCAAUACUGGUAUGGGAACCAGGACCCUGUGGAUACAGUGGUCCGCACAGAGAUCCAGCAUGUAUGGCCAGGGUCGGAUGGCUUUUUAAAGGACAAUAGCAAUGCAGCGCAGCGUCUUCUGGAUGGAGUCAAUCUAGUGGCCCAGUCUGUGUCAGAGCUCAGUGUCAAGCCUGCCAAGGCUGUCACCUCUUGGCUGACAGAUCAAAUCGCCCCAUCCUACUGGAAACCCAACUCCCUCAUCUUGGUGUGCCAUAAGUGUCAAACAGUCUUCCAGGACAACGACACCAAGCAUCACUGCCGUGCCUGUGGAGAGGGCUUCUGCGACGGCUGCUCUGCCAAAGCUGCACCCGUCCCUGAGAGAGGCUGGGGUCUUGCCCCUGUCCGAGUCUGUGACGUCUGCUAUGAACAGAGAGCUUCAUACGCAGAGCUGCUUGAGGCAGAGCUCGAGGAGGAAGAAGGUGGAACCCUGGCCAGGAAGGUUGGGGAAGCAGUCACCAACACUUUUGGGGUUGUGGUCACUGCUAUUGACAUCCCACUUGGCCUAGUGAAAGAUGCCGCUCGUCCUGCCUACUGGGUGCCUGACCAGGACAUCCUGUCCUGCCACAACUGCCAGCGCGAGUUCAUUGCCAAGCUGUCCAAGCACCACUGCCGUGCCUGUGGCCAAGGAGUGUGUGACGACUGCUCCGCGGAGCGUCGGUCGGUUCCGUCGCGGGGCUGGGACCACCCUGUGCGCGUUUGCACCAGCUGCAACCAGAAAACUGGAGAACUUUAACAGGGAAGGCCUUCCUUCCUCAGAGCACUGGAGAGAACCACUCACUCACUCAGCUCGCAGUCUGUCACUGCUUUACCUCCGUUAAUCUAAUGGUUCUGUCUUGUUUCUGUGGAAAGGAAGUAUUUAGGCAUACAUAUAGGACGUUUAGCAGAGUUCCUGUGGCCUUUGUAGAACAGCCGGAACACGUGAGUUACUUGACUGAGUGUGAAAUGUACAUGUCCACUCUGAUUAUUCAGAGUGAAUAUUUUGAUUCUCAUUGACACAAGUCCCUAAUUUUACGUUAAAUAAGGCUGUUGAGCUAUUUUUCUACUAUCAGAAAAUAUAUAAAAAAAUGUAUCAUUUAAAGAGUAUUAGUUAGUUGAGAACCCUCUGGGGUUGGUGUUAUUCGUUUCUUAUUAUUGAGCAUUGUUCUUUGAUGUCGCACGUGUAAUGGCAAGAGUUAUUUUAUAUCCAUGCAGGUAUAACUGCAGGUCCCAUUGCAUGCUGCAUUGCAACAUUUUAGUUUUUGCACUAAGCCUUUUUCAGCUGUUAUAGGCUGUUGCUUACCAUGGCCAAAAUCCAGAUAUCCAGAUGAUCAACUAGUCUGUCCCAAACUGAGCUGAAAUCUACCACAGUAGGUCUAGAUUGUGGAUAUCUGAUGUGCCAAAUAUCAUUCAGGUCACUGUGUCUGCGCUGGUAUAAUGUUUAGUUUUUAUCAUGUUGUUGGUUGUAUGAAAACAUAGAACUAUGUGGGACAUUUGAAACGUUAAAAAUUAUUUAUGUAUUAAAGAUAAAAAGAAAACAUAUUAACACUCUGGCAUGCAUGACAGUCUGAGAGAUCCAUGGCCUUUUACUUGUUCAGAGGAUGGUCUCUGAAUAAACCUCACAAUCUCUUUUACCAAGUGGCAAUUCAGUGUAUCCAUGUUAUAAAAAUGUAUGUAUUUCAUGUUCAAAUUGGUUUUCUUGACACCUCGAUUUUAAUUGUUUUUUAAAUAUUUACAGUUGUUUGUUUGUAUGGACAUUGUUUUGCAGAACUAAAGAAUAUUCAAAAUUGUCUACAAACCAGCAUUACAUGUUACACUCACGCCAAGGACAACACAUUUUAGUUUUAGCUCUUCACAGCUUGUUUUUCCGUUAUUAUAGCUCCGUUAUUGAUGAUGUAUAUUUUCCUUUUCUGGUUUUUGUUUGACAUUAAUUACUGUAUGGAUAUUUAUAGACUUUGUAGCGACUGUAUACAAACCACUCUUUCCCCCCUUUUUGUCAUUUGUCUUUAAGCAUUACACAGAAAAAUUGAUGCUUAGUUGUGGCAAUGAUAAGAAACGGAACCAUAUUUAGUGACUGAAAGCUUUAUAUGUGGAUAUAAUUCAAAGCACAAGGUGAUGCCUUUAACACAUAUGCUUGUAUUUGGUGUUAAAAAUUUGAAAAAAAAAGGGUCGAUUGUAAGCUUUGUAGAUAAAGUGAAUUCUCCCUUUGCUCCUAGCUUUGAACUCUUUGGGUCUGAUGAAAAAAUGUUUUGUCUGCCUUGUCUAAAAGUAGAUUUAUUUGUCUGAAUGUUGCAUCACACACACACACACACACACACACACCCUCCUUGGAGUUGCUAAUGUUGCACAGUAAAGAAUAGGAAAUACAUAAUUUCACAUUACUUGUGCUGGAGUUCAUUCCCGUGCAAAAUGUUAUCUUGCGAUGACCAGUUUUUUUUCUUGAUUAGGUUGGAUGCUAUCAUCGACACUCACCUACAGACUACAAAUCAAGCAGGAAUGAUUGAUACAAUUUAUGAAAUGUUGUGUGGAUACUAAACUGAUGGAAGAUUUGCAUAAGAUUAAAGUUGUAUUGGCUCCCAUCUGUCAAAAAAAAAAAGAUCUGGAAUUGCCUCUUUGUCUUUAGUGUUUGUCUGUGUGUUUAAAUAUGCUUGUGUCGAACCACUUACUGUACUGUAUGUGGGAGGAAUAGAUUGUGUGCACGGCUGUGUAUUAUGAGCUUUGCUUCCACUCCUUUCCAACACUGCCGCUUCAGAUAAAGUGAGGGAACAACUAUUUGCU